UGCGCACGCGCAGGCGCAAGCGCAAGCGCUGGUACUGGAGAGCUGUGGUGUCAGCGCCGCCACGGGUCCGACUCAAAUCCUCGCCCUGUAGCUUCAUUAGUUCCUGCUUACCGCGGGGAAGCCUCACACCAUGGCGGUGAACUUGAGUAAGAAUGGCCCGGCACUGCAGGCAGCCUAUAAGGAAGUGGUGGACGAGAAAAGCAAUACUAACUGGGCACUAUUUACAUAUGAGGGAAACACCAAUGAUAUUAGAUUGGCUGGAAAGGGAGAUGAGGGCUUGGAAGAAAUGGUUGACGAGCUGAACAGUGGAAAGGUGAUGUAUGCCUUCUGCCGGGUUCAGGACCCGAACUCUGGCUUGCCCAAAUAUGUUCUGAUUAACUGGACAGGAGAAGGAGUAAAGGAUGCCAGAAAAGGGAUUUGUGCCAACCAUGUCAGUACUAUGGCAAACUUCUUGAAGGGUGCACAUGUGACCAUCAAUGCUCGGGCAGAUGAAGAUGUGGAACCUGACUCUAUUAUGGACAAAGUAGCUAAAGCUUCUGGGGCCAAUUAUAGCUUUCACAAAGAGACUAGCCGAUUUUCUGAUACAGGACCACAGGGUCCAGUGGGAUCCGUGUACCAAAAGACUAAUGCAAUGUCUGAAAUUAAGCGAACCAACAAAGAUAAUUUCUGGGCCCAAGCAGAGAAAGAUGAGGAGAAGAGACGUGAAGAAGAAAGAAAAAGAGCUGAAGAAGAUCGUCAGAGACUGGAUAAAGAGCGACGUGACAGAGAACUAAAAGAGGGCCAGGCAAGAGAAAAAAGGGAGAAGGAAAGGGCAUACCAGAUUGAUCAGCAGAAACAAUUUCAGCAGCAGCAAGAAGUGCAGAGCAAAGAACAAAAGAAUCAGGAAAGGGAGAACCAAGAGAGAGAAGAGCAAGCUUCUCAGAGGAAAAGCUUUAAACGCAGUGAAUCUGUUGAAAAAGCUAUUGAGGCUGCUUCCUUAAUCUCUCAGAGGACAGUGAACCCCCGAGAUAUUUUCAGACAAAAAGAGCGUGGUUUGUCCUCAGAAGGUAGUGGCUUGUCCGCCAGCACUCAACCAGGGAGGUUGCAAAGUCCAUUUCUAUCCAGGCAACCCAGUGACCCAGAGCAGUCCCCAUCUCACCAGCAACCAGCUUUUCCCAUGCUGGCUUCACCUGUUGCAGAGCCAAAUAUACAAGAGAAAUCAAACUCUGAGCAGGCUAAAGAGGAAGUACCUCAACAAGAGCACUGGACAGAAUCACAAACUUAUGAGUCUGAGGACCUUUAUCAAAACCCACCUGAGGACUCGGGUGACGUGUAUGAGGAUGUUGCAGUGGAAGAGAAUCUGUAUGAGGAUACUUCUCAGGUGGAGGCUCAAACUGAUGCUUAUAAUUACACUGAGGAAGAUGCAGCUGCCAGAGGAAUCUGUGCCAGAGCACUUUAUGACUACCAGGCUGCGGACGACACAGAGAUUUCAUUUGAUCCAGAUGAGAUUAUCACUGGUAUUGAGAUGAUUGAUGAGGGUUGGUGGCGUGGUUUUGCUCCUGAUGGGUCCUUUGGAAUGUUUCCAGCCAAUUAUGUUGAAGUGUUCACCUCUUAGCUGAAGUUUGAAACUUGAAAACACUGUAAUGGGGAAGACGAAUGAGAAAUAUUGAAAUGUGAACUUGAUUUUCAUAUUACUUUCUCUAGGCAGUGGAUUUCCUCCAAAGCAAACUGAACCUACCACCAUGGCCACUGAUGAAAUAGCUUCCUUUUUUAAGAAAGUUGUAGAAAAUUAUUCUUUGUGUCAUUUAAAUCUUCCUAUUAAUUUUGUUUUCUUUUAUGUUUGCCAUCACAAUCAAUUUAAGGCCAGUUUCAUUUUCCUAGAUUUUAUGUUGCUGUAUAUUGCAGAUUGCCAUCGAAAAGGUAAUGGCCUAUGAUACUGUCUGUUGUUUGGCAAGUUUAAGUAAAGUCCAGCAGCUAAGACCACACCUCUGUGUCUACAAGUAUACAUACAUGCUAUGUAUAUGAUGUGGUGAACGUUUGAAGGUAUAGAGGAGGUAUUUACUAUAAAGUAAGGACCAAUUCAUUCUAAAUGAGCAUUCCCGUAUUGCCUUGUUUUGUUUUUAAUUUGUAAUUUAUCGUAUUUUGACCAAUAGAAGACCACCUACGAGAAGUUUCUCAGUAAGUGUCUUUUUUUUUCCCCUGUACUUUCUAAAUCUGAAUCAAAUACGAGGGGUACAUUUGUUAUACUGUACACAGAAUAAUUUUAUGGUGUCUUUAUAAAUAAAGAUUCAAAGAAGUUUUCCCUGAAUGAUUUUUAAUGUGCUGACAUAAAUCUAGUAUGUUUUCUCCUAGAUCACUCUUACUAUGAUUUUUCAUUUUGUUCAGGUCUCAUUAAUAUCAUUUGAUGUGUACACUUAUCAAAUGUCACCCUAAAAGCCACCCAUUUUAUAACAUAGUUAGAAUUUUAGGAGUGUUACUUGGUGUGUCUCUUCAGCUUUAAUUCUUUCCAGUCUGAAAGCCUGAUUAAUUUUUAAAAUGUGAAUUGCCACAUGGACUUCAGAAUAUUUUUCUAUUAUUUUGGAAGCAGAAUAAUUUUUUUGUGUUUUUUUUAAUUUUAACACUGAGGCUGACCAUACUAAUACGCAAAAUAACCAAGAGGGUGCUAAAAGAUUUAAAGUGGAAUAUAUAUGUUUAAUGCAGAUGUAAAAAGUCAGUUCAAAAGGUUUCUCAUAUGAUCAAGAAGUUAUACAGUACUUGUGCCUUUUGUCUCACACAGUGAAUUGAGUCAGUCUUAGGAAUUUAAAGCAGUUCCUGGUGGUGUGGGUUGGAGUGGGUGUCUUUUUAGCCUUUAUAUAUAAUUUUUGGGUAUAUUUUCUGGACAGGGAAAAAGUCCUGCCUUAUGGGUUAGAGCUUAAUCAUGGAAACAUAAAGUGUGUGGUCUUUUUUUCCACUUGUGGCUAGCAUGAUAUCAACAAUAAUCGGUUUUAAAGACUUACUUGUCUUGAAAAUAUGAGUUAAAAAAACUUUUAUGAUUAAAAAUAAAUCAAUUAUUAAAUAUGAACCAAGUUUUA